GGCCUCACCCACACGCCCGCCCACCCCCUUCCGUUUGCGUCUCCGCGUGCUCCGGCCCACGUGCCCGCAACCGGGCACUGACUAGCGGGUCAGCGUGGCGUAGCCCGCGGUUGCCAUUUCCGUAUUUUGUGCCCAGGAAGUGGGUGACGAGGAUCCCCUAAAGAUACCAUCACUUCCAGACAGCAGGAAGUAAAUUUAAGAAUACGACAUCUGGGUGGUGGCUUGGGCAGGACGCACGUGGUGCAGAACAAGAUGAUGGAUGCAGAAGUGAUUACUUUGCCAAAGAAGCAUAAAAAGAAAAAAGACCAGAAGCCAUUACGAGAAGAUGAUGUAGCUGAAAUACAACAUGCUGAAGACUUUCUUAUCAAACCAGAAUCCAGAGUGGCUCAAUUGGACACUUCUCAGUGGCCCUUGUUACUAAAGGAUUUUGAUAAGCUAAAUGUAAAGACAACACACUAUACGCCUAUUCCUUGUGGUUCAAAUCCUUUGAAGAGGGAGAUUGGGGACUAUAUCAGGACAGGUUUCAUUAAUCUUGACAAGCCUUCUAACCCCUCUUCCCAUGAGGUGGUAGCCUGGAUCCGACGAAUACUUCGGGUAGAGAAGACAGGUCACAGUGGCACACUAGAUCCCAAAGUGACUGGUUGUUUAAUUGUGUGCAUUGAACGAGCCACUCGUUUGGUGAAAUCACAACAGAGUGCAGGCAAAGAGUAUGUGGGAAUUGUCCGCCUGCACAAUGCUAUUGAAGGCAGCACUCAGCUUUCUAGGGCCCUAGAAACUCUGACAGGUGCCCUGUUUCAGCGACCCCCACUUAUUGCUGCAGUAAAGAGGCAGCUUCGAGUGAGGACGAUCUACGAGAGCAAAAUGAUAGAAUAUGAUCCUGAAAGAAGAUUAGGAAUCUUUUGGGUGAGCUGUGAAGCUGGCACUUACAUUCGGACACUAUGCAUACACCUUGGCUUGUUACUGGGAGUUGGUGGUCAGAUGCAGGAACUUCGCAGGGUGCGUUCUGGAGUCAUGAGUGAAAAGGACCACAUGGUGACAAUGCAUGAUGUACUCGAUGCUCAGUGGCUGUAUGAUAACCAUAAGGAUGAGACUUACUUGCGGCGUGUUGUUUACCCUUUGGAAAAGCUGCUGACAUCUCAUAAACGACUGGUUAUGAAAGAUAGUGCAGUGAAUGCAAUAUGCUAUGGGGCCAAGAUCAUGCUUCCUGGUGUUCUCCGAUAUGAGGAUGGCAUUGAGGUCAACCAGGAGAUUGUGGUCAUUACCACCAAGGGGGAAGCUAUCUGCAUGGCUAUUGCAUUGAUGACUACAGCGGUGAUUUCUACCUGUGAUCAUGGCAUAGUAGCCAAGAUAAAGAGGGUGAUCAUGGAAAGAGACACUUAUCCUCGGAAGUGGGGUUUAGGUCCAAAGGCAAGUCAGAAGAAGAUGAUGAUCAAGCAGGGCCUUCUAGACAAGCAUGGCAAACCCACAGACAAAACCCCUGCCACUUGGAAGCAGGACUACAUUGAUUACAGUGAUUCUGGCAAGGAGGCACUGGUUGCUGAAGCCGGACGAGCCCCUCAGUUAACUGCUGCUGCAGUAAAAGCCAUGAAAAGGAAGCGGGAGAGUGAGAGUGAAAGUGACGAGACCCCUCCAGUAGUCCCCCAGGUGAUGGAGAAGGAAAAGAAGAAAAAGAAGGACAAGAAGCCUAAAACUGUGCCAGAAAGUGGGGGCGAAGCUGGACAUGGGGACAGUGAUACCAGCAAAAAGAAAAAGAAGAAGAAAGUAAAAGUGGUGGAAGAGAUAUCUGAAUAGUAAAAGCCACUUGAAGCAUCAUGUCAAACUGGGAGGAGAAAUGAAAGCCUUAUUGAGAAAACAUUUUGUUGAGGGAGUAGAACAGAGGACCCAAACAGAAUAGAGUUCUGGUACACUUUUCCUGCCACUUGUGAUCUCAGUGGUUAGGGUGUGGCCAUCUUGUUCUGUCCUGUUUUAAGAGAUGAAACACAGGUUUUUUUUCCACUGACCCCUUUGCUUGCUUGAGGUGGGGAAGCACACCUUCAGACAUGAAACUGCCUCGUCACUGUUUGUGACUGUUUACUAGUGGCCAUUUUAAACAAUGCCAUAGAUAGUCCUCUCCUAGUUUGCUUUUUUUAUGUUUGUAAAAAUUAACUCUGCUGAAUAAAAUGGUAUAGAACCUUAAAAAAAAAGGAAUAUGACGUUCACAUUCCCAAGAGGUGGGUGGUUUUUGGCCAUUCAAUGGGUUAUGGAUAUUUGUCAUUGUUUAGGGGGGUUGGUUACAAGUUGUUAUUGGUUACAGUUAGAGGAAAAGCUAAACAAAGGAAAUUAGAUUCAAGGUUCUUAUUUUGAAAAGAAAAAAGGAGGAUAUAAAUAUAGGAUAAAAAGGUAGAUUAUUGAAUCUACUCUGCAAAGAAAAAAGGGGAGGAUAUAGAUAUGGUAAGAUAAAAAGGUAAAUUAUUGAAUCUACUUUUUUAAAAAAAUUUUUAAAGAUUUAUUUAUUAUAUAUACACUCUUCUGCCUGCAUGCCAGAAGAGAACACCAGAUUUCAUUACGGAUGGUUAUGAGCCAUCAUGUGGUUGCUGGGAAUUGAACUCAGGACCCCCUGGAAGAGCAGCCAGUGCUCUUAAAUUCUGAGCCGUCUUGCCAGCCCUGAAUCUACUUUUAAAAAGCAACUAUUAGUUUUAAAUGUUUUACAUUGGAUUGGAUUUUUAUAUAUUGUAUACAAAUUUUGUAUAUUUGUAUUAACAAAUUUGAAAUUAAUUUUGUUAGAAUAUACUAUACAUACAUUUUUACUGUUGUUCAAGGUAUGUUGUACCUAUUCAACUCAUUUAACAAUGAUGCAAAUUUCUAGUCCUUAAAUUUUUAUUACCAACUAUUUAGUAUAAUAAGGAAAUGCAGGUUAGUAGUUAAUCACCUAUUAUAAUUGAAUUUAUAGUCACCUUAAAUAUGUUUUCAAGGUCAAACAAAGAUAUAUAUUAGAUAGACAGGUCAUCUUCAAACACUUCAGAGAUCUACAGACUAUGGCAUUUAAGGUGUUUUCAUAACAUAAGGCUUUUUAUGAUGGUGAUAUACAUCUGCUCCUAGCAGCACCAAUCUGCUUCAGAGAAGAUAAUGGGCAUUGAAGAAACUCCAUAUGGAGUUUACUUUACUUGUGGCAAAAACAAGCCACCAGGCAAGAAAAUGCCCUUGCCUUGACUGCUGACAGUAUGCUGUCCUAAUUGGACAAGCAGAACACAAAGAAAGUGACUGCCAAACAUUGUCAAGGCAAGAGAGAACAGCCCUUCAGAAUACCCUGCUUCACAGAAAAGUCUGUCGAAUAUGCUAAGCCUGUCUACUGAAGGUUGGUGCCCCAAUGUUUCAGAAGAACUUUGAGUGACAGUCCAGGCAGCUAGUUCUUUCUGUCAUUUCUCACAACUUUUGGGAUUUGCUUCUGGCACUUCCUGUUUACUCAAUUAAUAUUAUUUCUUUCUUAGGUCUCUGAGGGAGUUGAAGACUAGAUAGUUAUAGUUUUCCUUGAUUACCAGAUGCAGAAAGCAAGUUAUGAUAGAAAGAAAAUUAGGUACAAGAAUUUGGACUCACCAAGAUAGAUAUGGAGUAUUUUCUCUGAAUUUGUCAGAUGCAAAUGAACUAGAUAUUGUUGAUGUAUUUAUAGCCUAUAUAUACUGUAUAUAGUUAUUGUACUUAUAUAUAAUUUUCUUAGAUUAUAACCUUUAUUUUAGACAAAAAGAGGGAAAUAUAAUAUUUGUAUUUUAAUAAGUGAAGCUUAUCUGAAGAUCAGUGCAAAACAGCCACACUAAUCAACCAUACAAGCCAGGCAGUGGUGGCACAUACCUUUAAUCCUAGUAGGUAUAUUAGUAAGCCACAGAGGCCAGGUAGUAGUGGUACAAGCCUUUAAUCCCAGCACUAGAGAGGAAUAUAAAGAAGGAUGAGACAGGAACUCGCUCUUUUUCAGUUUGAAGAUUUAAUAGAGGUAAGAACUCUCUAGUGGCUUGGCUGCUUUGCUUUUCUGGUCUUUGGGUUGAACCCCAAUAUCUGUCUCAGUUUUUAUUAUUCAUGCUCCACCUAUUCUUAGUGAUUCUACUCUUAAGAAGUCACUUAAGGAAAUUGGAAGACUUUGAAUCAAGAGUUGAAGCAAGAAUGAAGAAGUUAGUGUGGGGUAGGUAUCUAGUUGACAGCUGUACAUUGACAGGGGUUGGAGUGGACAGGCGGGUGUGGGUUCGUGCUGGGAAACCCCAAGAGCAAAAGAAGGGUGAUAAGAUACUGAAGAGUAACAUGACUUUCAAAUAAUCUAAAAUCAUAGUAUAUAAUAAAGUUUAGGGUCCAGUGAUGGUGGUGUGCCAGGAAUUAGAGGUCUUAAACCAGACCAAUGACCCAUGGUCAAAGAACAUUUUCAAGGAAAGCCGAAUGGAUAAAAGGCACGCUGGGUGACAUACCUCAGCUCCCACUUCCACUCAGACAAAUGAAAGUGCAAGAGAAGUGGGAAAGAUGGAGGAGCCAGUGGGGGGUGGGGCGUGACACAUAUCUUUAAUCCCAGCACUCAGGGAGGCAGGAGGCAGGCAGAUCUCUGUGAGUUCGAGGCCAGCCUGGUCUAUAAGAGCUAGUUCCAGGUUAGUCAUGGCUCACAAAGAAAUCCUGUCUCGAAAAACAAAAAAACACAAACAAAACAUCAGCAAUAACAAAAAAAAAGAUGGAGGCGCCAAGAGGGCUUCUUUUUGUUGUUUUGUUUUUAUUGUUUAGUUAGUUGGUGGGUUGAUUGGUUUGGUUUAAUUUUUCUUGUUAACUUUUCUUUUGCAGGAGCGGGGCACUGCAAGGGUGAAGAGCAGACAGGACUGGGGAAUGAGCGGAAUUGGGGCACAUGAUGUGAAGAUUCCAAAGAAAGUAUGUUAAAAAAAUAAAGAAUAAAGUUUAGGGUCGGCAGGAUGCCUCAUCAUUUAUAAGCACCUGCCAAGGAGUCUGACAGCUUGAGUUCGAUCCCCUGGCCCCACACGCUGAAGAGCCGACUCCUGAAGGCUGUCCUCUGACCCGCACAUGAACAUUAUGGCAAGUGCUCAGACACAGGCUCACACACACAGCAAGCAAACACAUAAAUGUGAUGAAUUCGAUAGUUUAAUGCUGCAGGUAGGAACUGCCUGUAGUUCCAGUCUGAGAAGGUACUCGUAGGAGGAUCCGGAGCUCACAGUCAUCCUCCUUUACUCAGGAGACCUCAUUUCAAUAAACGAAAAAGCAUGAUUUAAAGAAUGGUGCAUUGUUGGCUUGGGAGACAGAGGCAGGAGAGUCCACACGUUCGGGGCCACACAGGGCCGCACAGUGGGACUUUCCCUCAAAAAGCCAAGAUAGGCAAAUAAAUAAUUCAACGUAGGUUGGUUGUAGUUUUCUCAUGGCAUAGACAGUGUUGCAGCAAGCCGAAGGGCCUCCACAAGGUGGCGCUCUGACUACAUCUAUCGCUGAGACUGGCUUCAGAGCGCUUUAUUCGGUUACUCCUCGCUCAGUCUGUAAGAGCCCUAACUAGAGGUCUGUCACACUCCAGCCAUAGUCAGCCCCCCUAUCAUUAGUGCCAAGCCUUCCUCCUGGAGCAAUGACAGUGUCAAUUUCAGCAAUGGCAACGAGGGAACAAAUACAGCUGUUGUGCCUUUUAGAGUAAUUGCUACAGGCCCUUUGGAGACAGCAUUGUAAUCACAGCGCUUAUACAGAC